UACGUUGAUUGGCUCGUAGCUCGAGUCACCCGGACGUUGCCGGUAGCGUCGGGUUGUGUCAGCGCUCCCUAAGAUGGCGGGGGUGUUUGAGGUGGAGGUUGGAGGCGUAGAACACGGACACGACCACGGGCACGGACACGAAGCCCCUCAGGUCGACCUCUCGCAUCUUUCACCAGAGGAGAAGUGGAGGCUGGAACAUGCGAGGAUGCACGCCAAACACAAAGGGCACGAAGCCAUGCACGCUGAGAUGGUGCUCAUCCUCAUCGUCACGCUCGUCGUCGCUCAGCUCGUCCUGGUGCAGUGGAAACAGCGUCAAGCCAGAUCUUACAACUUGGUGACCCUGUUUCAGAUGUGGGUGGUGCCUCUUUACUUCACCACAAAGCUGCACUGGUGGCGAUUCUUGGUGACGUGGUUCAUCUUCUCCAUCGUCACCGCUUUCAUCACGUUCCGUGCCACACGCAAACCCUUGGAAUGCACAACACCGAGAUUGGUUUACAAAUGGUUUUUCCUCUUGUACAAGAUCAGCUACACGACAGGCAUCGUGGGCUACAGCGUAGUCAUGUUCACGCUCUUCGGCAUCAAUUUGAUAUUUAGAAUAAAGCCAGAAGAUUCGAUGGAUUUUGGGGUUUCGAUGCUCUUUUACGGCCUGUAUUACGGUGUCCUGGGCAGGGAUUUUGCUGAGAUGUGUGCAGACUUCAUGGCUUCCACAAUAGGGUAUUACAGCGCAUCAGGAAUGCCCACGAAACACCUUUCGGACAGCAUCUGCGCCGUGUGCGGUCAGCCCAUCCUGGUGAGCGUGGACGAAGAAGGGAUCAUGGAGAACACCUACAGACUUUCCUGCAACCAUGUAUUUCAUGAGUUCUGCAUACGAGGCUGGUGCAUUGUGGGUAAGAAACAGACAUGCCCAUACUGCAAAGAAAAGGUGGACCUGAAGAGAAUGUUCAGUAAUCCAUGGGAGAGGCCUCACGUCAUGUACGGACAAUUACUGGACUGGCUUCGCUAUCUCGUAGCCUGGCAGCCGGUCAUAAUCGGACUAGUGCAAGGCAUCAAUUACAUCCUGGGUCUUGAGUGACGGCCAUGCCCGUCCCCGAGAGUGAGAGAGAGAGAGAGAGAGAGAGAGAGAGAGAGAUACUACACGCAGUCUGUUAUGGGGUUAAUCGGACACUGGGACUGGAACUUUAUUCACCAAAAGUGUGUAAUGUACUGUAUAUUGGCACACACACUGUGCAUCUGUGUAUUUAAAGGAGAAAAAAAUAAUCUAAUAGAAGUCUGGCUUUGUUUUUGAAAUGUGUACUUUUGUUUUAUAUUUUUUUUUUUUUUUUUUUUUAGAAACUAUUAAUCCGUCUUAAUGUUUUUAACCGUAAAUGACAACCUCAAAAAAAAAUUUUUUUUUUAACUCUGCCAGUUAGAAUGAAAUUGUGUCCCAUCCGGUGAAAAACCCUUCUGUUAUUUCUUUACUCAACUUUUAUGUUUUGUUUUGGGAAAUGUGGUGAUCCCACUGACCAGAAUCAUCAGCAGAUGAGGAGGAGUUCCUGGAUGCUGAGGGAUUCCUGCUGAGGGAUUUUUUACACACACUUUCCUCCUUCCGGCGGUCGGCUGGGGAGGGGGGGGGUUUUAAAAGCACGGUACAUGACUGGCAAAGCUUUUUCUUCGUUUGUGUCAUUUACAAUGAAUUUCAUGUCACACGAUUUGGGUGAUGAAGUUUGUAAGAUGUUGAAGGUGUUGGCUGUUAAAAAGAAAAAUAAGAAAGACUUUAGUAAACUUUUGGGAAUGUUUAUAAGAUCUGUUUAAAGCCUCUAUGGCUGACGAAAAUAAAGCGACUAAAGAAAAUGUUUAUUAAAGCUUUGAGUUACAAGCGGAUUAAUCUGAUCGGAGGAGGAUUUGAUGAGGAGGAGGAGGAGGAUGAUUAACUGGAAUAUAACUCCUGUGUCGUUUACAUUACAUCAUUACUACAGUUUGACACAAUCCUCGAUUUCACACAGCUGUGUGUGUGUGUGUGUGUGUGUGUGUAUAAACUCCAGAUACAAUUACCAUGACUGUACCUUCUCAGGUAAAUUGAAUCACGUCAAUAAGGAUUGAAAUGACUCAUUAUUUAACUGUAAAGCUUUAUUUUGCUUGUUUAUUGAUUCAUUAUUAUUGUUGUUGUUGUUGUUAUUAUUAUUAAACUUUACUGCACACGUCACCUGUCCGGUCCCAAAGGGCUAGAGCUAUAAACGUGAUAAUAAAUCUAACAUUAAUAAAUAUAACAAUAAGCAUUACAGAGCCCUGAGACACACUGCUUUGUAUAAUAUAAAUACUUUAAUUUAAUGUAAAAAUAUAAACAUUUAAAAAUACAUUUAAAAUUAUUAUUCAUAAAAUAGCAAAAUAAACAUUUGCACUAAAAAGUAGAAGAAAAUCUGCAUAAUAUACACGUUAGUAUUUAAGUAUUUAAACAAUAAUAUAGUUUAUUAUAACUAUAAUAGAUACGAUAAAGAUAUGAUACCGUCGACAUUAUAUCAUAAGUCAUAAUACUUAUUUCUUAUUGUGGGUUCCCCCACUUAUUGAGUUCCCUGAACAAAGUUACGUCAGGGAAUAAAAACAGAAGUCAUGAUGUAAGAGAACCUUUAAAAGCUUCGGCAUCUCUGUGCCGACUCUCUGAAUCCUGAACCAUGACCUGGACUCACACCAUCACAGUAUCUACCUGUGUGUAUCUCACUGCUGUCAUGCUGCUCCACUGCUCUCCAUCAGCUGCUCAUCCAAUCAAAGCGCCGACGAUCGUCAACCUGUCGCACAAACGGCUCGCUCAUGGCCACAGAAUCAGCUGUAAAGUGAAUCCUGGAGGACUGAGACAUGAGACCAUGGUGUACUGGCUGGUUAAUGGGGAGUUUAUAGAGAAAGUCUAUCAAAACAUCAGUGUGACCAAAACAGAGAGAAAGUCAGAUGACGGGACAGAGUUCAUCCAAACCAAGGUGGUGUUUAGAGACUUUUCUCAGGACGACUUUAACACACAAUUCACCUGCGUGGCCCUGAGUCCAGCUGGGUUUGCCAAAGAAAACCUUCGCAUUAGGAAAUGUAGCAGACAAUGUCUGACCUAAGCGUGUUUUUAACUUGUAGCGUUUGUUUUAAAUCCAUUUCUACACAUCCAUUUUAUCUCUGUGACACAAAACCAGUUACAGCUAGAAUGUAUAGAGUGUGACAGCGUGUAUCUUUUAGAAAGAUUAGUCUUUUUAUGAUGCUAUCGUAGCUCUAAAACUAUAACUAAUGCACCAGAAGAUGAUGUCCGACGGAGAUCUUUAAACCUGUAUUGACUCUAUUCGUUAUACCAUAUGAUCUAUCCUUACAUUAUAUUGUGCAUUAUUUAAAGGAGAUCAUUUCUGAAACUGAAUGUUAGUUGUAUGUUUUUCAUCAAGCUUUUGUGCUGGAACACAUUAAAUGAAAAUAUAGUGAAUGAAAUUGUUUUAUAUGAGUUUAGCCUUAACAUUAUACUCGUUACGAGUGAGAUGUCCUAUAAUGAAAUAAAAGGAAAUUACACUGAUGUGACCUGGGCAACAAUAAAUACAAAUAUUUUCCUAUAAA